GACUGGUCUGAACACAGUAUAAUUUGCCUUUUUGUGACAGUUGCUAGCUAAUUGUGCUCACAAUACUAUAACAUUGACAGCUCUAUGACAUUUAGUGCAGGCUUUGGGUCCCACGAGGAUGGACAUGUGGCUGUUUGUUAUAGCCAGGAUGGGAAACGGAUAAUAUCAGGGGGGACUGAGGGAGAUGUGAAGAUUUAUAGUGGAGUGAACAGUACUGAAGAUCCAGAGCAAACUUUUUUUGCUGACGCUUUCAAUGUCAGCCUGAUCAAACAAUGGGAGGAGAAUUUAGUUGCAGCAUCAGAGGGCUGGUCACUCCAGAAGUGGGGAUUUCCUGAAGGAAACAAGUCUGGCUUCUUGGGGAAAUUUUCUGGGAAUGUUACACAUUUCUCGCUUAACUUUGAUAAAGAUAAAAUAUUGGUGGGAAGUGCUGAGUUCAUCAUGAAAAUCACAGAUUUGGCCAGUGAAGAGCAGUCAACCAUCAAAGGACACAGUGCACCAAUCCUUAGAACUGCAUUUGGCAAACAGUUUUUUGCCAGUUCUAGUUGUGAUGGGACACUCAAAGUUUGGGAUGCUAAAUCUAGGGAGUGCUUGAAAACGUUUGAUAUCUAUCCCAAAAGUAACGAUGUAGAUUUAUCGAAAGUCAGGGGUGCUAUUCAGUUUGACAGUUAUGAGAACUUGAUUGUUGCCAAAGAAAAUGAGGUGGUUUUAUACUCAAGUGGUGAUUGGUCAGAAAAGAAAACCAUUAAAUCAGAUGAUAUGAACAGUAUACUUGAACUCGAGCUGUCUUAUUGUAAAAGGUAUCUAGUAAUAGGGUGCAAGGACGGUACUAUACUAAUCUGGGAUCUCCACACAUAUUCCUGUGUAAAUAAGAUGAAGUGUGUUUCUGUGCCCUCCUCUAUAGCCACUCAUCCCUCCGAAUACAAGAUGCUGGUUGGUGAUUUGAGAGGAAAAUGGCGAGAAUGUGAUCCGUAUGUGACCAGUGAGAUGAUUUCAAGUGCGCCUAAAACUGAAGCUUCUCUUAAAACUAACACUCAGAACGGUGUGGAGAAGUAUUUAGACGUGGAGGCAGAAGAUUUUGAAGAUUGGGGCGACGAUGAAGAUCAAGAUUUUACCAACAUGGACAGAGAUGAAGAUGACAUAAAAGCAGUUGCAUCAAGAAAUGCUGCCAUUAUAAAUGAUGAUGACGAUGACAGCAACGAACCGAGCAUCCUGGAAAUGGCAAAACUUCCAGAACGUCCUACAACUCCUGAGAUAAUAAAACAAGAGCCUGUAGUAGCGGCUGAACCAGAACCAGUUUAUGUUGGACCAGAGCUGCAAGAGGCAUUCCAAGUAUCAUCCUCUCCUGAUCAUCUGAAGUACAGAUACCUUGUUUGGAACGAGAUCGGCACCAUUACUUCCCGGGAGGAAGACGACUCUAGUUACAUCAACAUCGAAUUUCACGACUCUACAACCCACCAUCCCCUACACAUGGUCAACAGCGAAGAUUAUAUUCUGGGGUCAAUGAGUAAACAGGCCUACGCCCUAGCUAACAGCGGAUCCGAGACGAAAUCAAAAAAUAGCAAGAUACUGGUAAACAUAUUCUCCUCCUGGUCCGCCUCCAAAGAGUGGACAGUUAACUUGCCAAAAGAGGAGAGUGCUGUUCUACUAAGUGUCAGUAAUACCCUGCUGUGUGUAGUAUCUGACCUCAACUACGUGAGGACUUGGUCUUUGGGAGGGCUACAGCGUCAUGUUAUAUCUCUUCCUGGAGAUCCAGUGACCCUCUCAACACAUAACGACCUCAUCAGUGUGGCACAUUACAGCGGGACCACUUUGAGCUUCUCCUUGUACGACACUAAAAAACCCCGCCUCAUACAUACUGGUCCUCUCCCGGUUACCCCGUCUUCUUCUCUUUCUUGGAUUGGCUUUACUGAGGGCGCUCUUCCUUUGGUGUUCGACAGUGAGGGUGUAUUACGAGCCCUGCUCCCUCACGCUAACCUGAUGUGGGUCCCACUUGCUGACUUAAGAGUUGGGAAACGUAACCUCUCCGAUACCUACUGGGUGGUCUCCGCUACUGACGAGGCUAUAAAGUGUGUCCUGUGUAAAGGUGUCACUUACCCGGGGUUGUCUCCACGCCCCAUGUUGUCCAUAGUACCCCACACUGUGCCACUCUGUGAUGCUGGCAGUGAGAGGACCAGUCUUGAGCAGAACCGGGUCCUCAACUUCGUCAAAACUUACUCUCUCAACAAACUCAACACUUUUCACAAGGAAUGUAGAGCUGAGACAAUGGAGAAAGAAGAAGUUACUCUGCUUCUUAAACUCAUGGCCCUUGCCAUAAAGAACAACAAGGACUUCAAAGCGUUCGAGCUGGCGAAGAUGAUGCCAACAAAACAGUCCCUGGAGAUGGCGACACGAUAUGCCAGCAAGACAGGCAGGGUUAUGUUAGCUCAGAAAAUUAACGAUGUCCUCAGAAAAUACGAAGAAGUCCCGGAGAGGAAGAUGACAUAUUUGAAGUGUCUGAAGUGUCCUAUAACCCCGAGCCUUUCAUAGCUACUGCUGAGCCUACCUCCAGCUCAGGCUCUUGGAGUGGAGGAAACUCGAUGUCGAAGACGAAGAAGAGGAUAUCUCAAAUUGACGAGUCGGUGGCCCCUCUACGUCUGAAUAAUCGCCCUACUGCUGCUCCUUCCAAACCGAGACAGGAAGUUGAGGAGAACGAUAGUCAGGACCAACCCUCCAUUUUCGAGACAGCUCCUGUAGCGGCUGAUGUUAACCCUUUCUCUGUUAAAUCAGACGAGGUGCAAAAUACUCAGCGCAGAAGUACAACAUUCCUUGAAACCAUCGAGAAUAAGAGUAUAGAGAUGGGCCAGAAACGGAAGUCCUUACAGAAUAUUCCUGAAAAGCGAACCGGGCUGACUUUGGCAGAUUUGGGGAAAAAGUCGACCUUUCAGAGAGUUACAAAAAGUGACGCCAAGAAGUUACCUACAAAAAAGACGAAGCCAAAGAAAAAAACCGGUUAUGCUCUGUGGUUUGAGACUCAGGAAGGAUUGGAACCUAAAUCUGGCCCACUUAAAUGGAGACAUUUAUCUACAGAUGAGAAGGAUAAGUGGCUGGAGCAGGCAAAACAGCUUGAAAACAAACAAGCUGAACCAACAGUGAGUCUAAUUAACAGUUUCAAGAAAACUAAACCAGAUAUUACUGCUGGAAAAAGCCCUGACUCUAAAGUUGAUGAUAGUGAAGAUAAAGAUGAUCAUAAGGAAAAAGAUGAUCAUUCUGAGAAACAGAAUGGUUCAGCUGUCGAGGAUGAGACUGAAAGUCCUGAAAAAGCGCCCGAAGAAAAGGAAAAUUUGGACACCAAUACAUCAGAAAAUGUCGACUCAAAUCGAUCUGGGAAACGGAAAGUUAGUUUUGAAACGGAUAAUGAAGACUCUGGGAUGAAUCCGUCUAAAACGAAAAAGCUGGGCGAUAAGCCUGAAGUAUCGAAUGGAACCAAGUCAAAACUCGCAGCUUUUCAAUUCAAGAAGAAAUGAGGAAGCGUUAUCUUGAAUGAUGAAGUAGAGAUUGAUAAUGAAUAGACGAAAAUGAGCGAUAGGGAAAUGUGAAAUGUCUGAGUCGAUUUAUUUCAGAUCGUAAUCUCUUCGACUUCUAAAAUUCAUUGUUUGUUUGUUUGACUAUGGUUGUUGAAUGUUGGGCACCCACUUUUAAAUUCAUGAUAAUGACAGAUCUGUUUUAAGUUUUCAGGUUCAUGGAAUCCAUUGAGCAACGAUUGAUAAUUGUGGAUUAAUUUAGUAAAAUUUAUCAAAUAUUUAAAUUCAAUAUAUUUGACAUAAAUAGUUUCAUUGUUGUUCCUUGAAGUUAAAACAAUUUUUUAGAUUGGAU